AUGAAGGUUGCGGCGUUGACCACCUUGGCGUGUGCUGUAUCAGGCACAAACGCAGCUUUUCUUCCGGAUUUCAGCCCGAGGGCAGGGGUGGCCAAAACACAGCAGGUCUUGGCCCAUCAGUGGGAUCACGUGUCGGCCCAGUAUGCGGACAUCAUGGCCGCUUUGGACGAGAAAAAGGGCGAUGUCUACGCCAAGCUUGGCCUGUAUCUCAGCGAGCCCGGCCGGAACGUGCCGAAAUCUGUUGUCGGCUUGUGGCAAGACGUUUUCUUGGCGUUCCCCCAGCAGGUGUCGCAGUUGGCGUUCAAGACGACGGCGAAACCAAGCCAUCCAUACCUGGCCUCGUUUGACUUCCAUGUAUCGGACGCCAGUUUCCCCAACCACAAGUUGCGGGUGAAGUCGGAGCCGGGCGACUUGGGGAUAGACUCCGUGAAGCAGUACACCGGCUAUUUGGACAUCGAGGACGAGGACAAGCACUUCUUCUACUGGUUCUUCGAGUCCAGAAACGACCCCGCGAACGACCCGGUCAUUCUAUGGCUCAACGGCGGGCCGGGCUGCUCGUCUCUAACCGGCUUGUUUUUUGAGUUGGGGCCCUCGCUGAUCAACGCCAAGUUGCAGCCGGAAUUCAAUCCCUAUGCCUGGAACAACAACGCGUCCGUGCUUUUCUUGGACCAGCCCGUCAAUGUCGGCUUUUCCUACUCGCUGCAGUCCGUGUCCACCACCACGGCGGCCGCCGUAGAUGUCUACGCGUUCCUAGAAUUGUUCUUCAAGCAGUUCGCGGCGUUCCGCAAGAACGACUUCCACAUUGCGGGCGAGUCGUACGCGGGCCGGUAUAUUCCCCUUUUUGCGGCCGAGAUCUUGCGCCAUCCGGAGCGCUCGUUCAACCUCAAGUCUGUUUUGAUUGGAAACGGGAUGACUGAUCCCUUGGUCCAGAACCAGUAUUACCAGCCCAUGGCCUGUGGCGAAGGCGGCGUGCCACUGGUGUUGUCUGCCGAAGAAUGUGCUACUAUGGCCGAGGACCUUCCCCACUGCACGGCCUUGAUUGAGUCGUGCUACCACUCAGGCUCGGUGUUUGCGUGUGUGCCUGCCAGUAUCUACUGCAACAACACCGAGCUAGGCCCAUACAGAAGAACCGGCAAGAACUUGUACGACAUGCGGAAGAUGUGCGACGGUGAAGCUUUGUGCUACGGGGAGUUGCAGUAUGUCCGAGAAUACUUGAACUUGCCCGAGGUGCACCAGAAGUUGGGCGUGGAGGUUGACUCGUUCAAGGGGUGCAACAACGACAUCUUGAACAACUUCUUGCACACGGGCGACGUGCUGAGGCCUUCUCAACUCAGCGUCAUCGAGAUUUUGGAGGCAGGCUUGCCGGUGCUUCUCUAUGCCGGCGACCAGGAUUUCAUUUGCAACUGGUUGGGUAACCGGGCUUGGUCCAACGAAUUGCCGUGGUCUGGCCACGACCAGUUUCGGAGUCUGCCCGUGAGAGAAUGGACCGUGGGAAACAAGACAGCAGGCGAGGCCAAGAACUAUGAGAACUUAACCUUUUUGCGCAUAUUCGACGCCGGCCACAUGGUGCCAUACGAUCAGCCUGAAAACUCUUUGGAUAUGGUGAACAGGUGGAUAUCUGGAGACUAUGUCUUGGGAGUGGUGUGA